CUUGAUUUCUUCUCUCCUUCCUUCCCCAAAAAUCUCCAAGCUGGCUAUGGCUGUGUGUUCCACCCAAACCCUAAUCAGAAUUCCGUUCAUUUCCAACUGGUCUGCACUCUCUUCCUCUUCCCUUCACCCAUUUUCCGAUCUCCAUAAAUGCCUUCCCUUCCCUCCACCAUCUUCUUCACUCCCCCUUCAUGGCUUCUUCUUCUGGCCGCCACCCCGUCUACCGUGGCGUUCGCCGUCGCAACACUGGCAAAUGGGUCUCUGAAAUCCGCGAGCCAAGGAAGCCCAACCGUAUUUGGCUCGGAACUUUUCCCACCGCUGAAAUGGCUGCUGUUGCUUACGACGUUGCCGCCCUUGCCCUAAAAGGCCAAGACGCCGAACUUAAUUUCCCUAAUUCCGCCUCGUCUCUCCCCAUCCCCGCUUCUAGGUCACCAUCGGAUAUUCAAGCUGCAGCUGCGUCUGCUGCUGCUGCCCUUGGAGCGGCUGCAGCUGCCAUGGAGGCACGGAACAAUAUCAGUUCUCGUCGUGGAAGUCAUUCCGAAGACGUCAUGUACGGAGCAAGAUAUGGUCAAGAAUAUGAAUUGGGAAAUCAGUUCAUGGACGAGGACUUGAUCUUUGAUAUGCCUAAUGUUCUAAUGAAUAUGGCGGAAGGAAUGCUUCUUAGCCCUCCUCGUUUCAACAACCAUGGCGGAGACGACAACCGCGACUUCGGCACUGACCAAAAUCUUUGGAAUUUUCCCUAAGUAACAAUAAUAUAAAUACAUAUACAUAUACACACCAUAUUAUAUAUAACAACACAUAUAUAUAUAACUA